CAUUUUCAACCCUUCGUGUGUUUUGACUGUUCAAUAUUUUUCUUUUCUUCGAUAAUAAUUAAUAAGUUAUUUAUUUUUGUUAAUUUUCCACUAUGAAUUUAUAAUUACACUAAUAAUUAUAUUUUCAAACACUUGUAUCACAUCAUGGCUUCAUUAACUCAACUCCUUCCUCAACCGACUUACAAGACUUGGGACGAUGUCGAAAGAGCAGAAAAACAGCAAGCUCAAGCCUUAUCCGUCAUAGCGACCGUAACUGCUCCUCCAUACGGUCAACGGAAAGGAUGGGUGCCACGAAAUUUAGAAGAUUUUGGAGAUGGCGGCGCAUUUCCCGAGAUAGUUGUCGCACAAUAUCCAUUAAAUAUGGGCCGACCUAAUACCAAAAGUACCUCAAAUGCUCUAGCUGUUCAAUUAGAUCACGAAGGAAAAGUUAAAUACGAUGUGAUUGCUCGACAAGGGCAUCAUAAAGAUAAGAUUGUUUAUUCAAAGUUGACUGAUUUAUUACCUUCUGAAAUUGCUAACGAAGAUGAUCCGACGUUGCAAAGACCAGAUGUCGACGAUGUGACAGAUACCAUCGAAAAAACUCGACAAGCUUUAGAAAAACUUACCAAUUCCAAAAUAUCUGCUGCGAUGCCAGUUCGAGCUGCUCCCAAACAGGAACCAGCUAAAUUUAUUCGUUAUACUCCGUCUCAAGAAGGAGUUGCUUUCAACUCAGGCGCAAAACAACGAGUUUUCAAAAUGGUCGAACUUCAAAAAGAUCCUCUCGAACCUCCUCGUUUCAAGAUAAACAAAAAGAUCCCUAGAGGUCCCCCUUCGCCGCCAGCUCCAGUAAUGCAUUCGCCUACUCGUAAAGUUAGUGUAAAAGAGCAAAAAGAAUGGAAAAUUCCACCCUGCGUUUCAAAUUGGAAAAACGCCAAAGGGUACACUAUACCAUUAGAUAAACGAUUAGCUGCUGACGGCAGAGGUUUACAAUCCAAUCAUAUUAACGAAAAAUUCGCCAAGUUAGCCGAAGCAUUAUACAUCGCCGAUAGAAAAGCAAGAGAAUCCGUAGAAUUGAGAGCCCAAGUUGAGAAGAAAAUGGCUCAGAAAGAAAAAGAAAAGAAAGAAGAACAUCUUCGCUCACUGGCUCAAAAAGCCAGAGAGGAAAGAGCCGGAAUUAAAUCCGGAGCAGCUCCUUCCGGUGGCGGAGGAGAUCGAAAUGACGAAGCUAAAGAAAGAGAUAUGCUCCGAAUGGAACGUCACAAAGAAAGAGCCCGUGACAGAAACUUGGCUCGUGCUGCUCCCGAUAAAAGAAACAAACUACAGAAAGAAAGGGAACGAGACAUCAGUGAGCAAAUCGCACUCGGAUUACCAGCCAAAACACAGCUGGCCGGCGAAGCUCAAUUUGACCAGAGAUUAUUCGAUGGAACCAAAGGAAUGGACAGUGGGUUCGGCGAAGAAGACGGUUACAACGUUUACGAUAAACCUUGGCGUAAUUCGGAUACAAUGGCGAGUCACGUUUAUCGUCCCAGAGAUGUCGAAAAAUCUGGAACACGAAGUGGACCAGUACAAUACGAGAGAGCUGAAGAGGAUCCUUUCGGUCUGGAUCAGUUCUUGACGCAAGCUAAAAAAGCCACCAAGAGAGGACGCGAAGAUAGCACCUCGGAUGGAAAAAGGCAAAAAAGAAAAUAAAUUCGGAUUAUUGAAGAUGAUCUUCGUUCAGUGUGCGUGAUUUUAAUAUGUACAGAUGUAUUAUACAAUAAAAACGUGAUGAUUACUUUUAAGAAUUUCGAAUUUUAUUCUAUUUUUAGCACGUUAAGUACUGGACAAGUCUGUAUUUGAAGGUUCAUGUAUUCCUUCGCUUGUUCGGUUUAUCUAGUUCUAGAAUCUUACGUAUUCGAAGGUUAUAUAAUUUUCUGGCAGAAAUAAAAUUAAAUAUCUGUUAA